GUUGAAGCUGCAGCUGAGUCAGUCACAUCCCAAACCAGGGUCGGCAUCAGCGCGUGAGAAAACGGUCAAGCAGGUCUCCAUGCUGCUCUCCCAGGAAUGGAUGGUGAUCAUGUGCAACUUGGAUAUCCAGAGGGAGUUUGAGAAGCAGGUCAUCCAGAUGGAUGGUGAUGUGAUUGUGUUGUCAGGCUUCACGCCGUUGACAAGCAGGCUGUCCCAGAAGUGGGAGAUGCAAGUCGGGCGAGUGCAGUUGCAUGUUGCGAGCGCGGACAUCCCAAGAUCAGGUAAAGGGUGGACCUUCUACAAGCUGGCGGACUCUGGUUUGCAACGUGAUACUGCAAACAAGUUGAUGCGGAAUGCCGUGUUCAGCAAGAAGCGUGCGUAUGGCAACGAUGGUCCAUUUGUUUUCCUGGGGUACUAUCACAAGGCGGCGCUGAUGGGUUGGUUGUCCUCAAAGGGCUUGCCUGACAGCUUCAAGAUCAAUGUCUACAGUGGUGUGGAUGCCAUUCCUUCUGGUAUGGUGCAUGAUUUCUGGGUCGCGACGAACGCUCCGCAGUUCGCUGGGGAGAGCUAUGCAGAGACUCUUUCUGAGGCACGCAUCGAGGUGAAAGUCACCGAGAUUUUUCCAUACCAGCCGUUGUCUCCCAUUGUCAAAACACAGCAGAAAAAAGAGUUGGUUGUGUACCUCCGAGCGGAGCUGCGGCACCUCAAUGGGCGCAAGGCGGACUUGGAGGAUCAGCUGAAGGAAGCUGAGGACUGGCUCGCCAAGGACAAGGGUGGUCAGACCGCUGGUGUGCAGACGGGUGGUCAGACGGCUGUUGUGCAGACCGGUGGUCAGACGGCUGUUGUGCAGACAGCUACUGAGGCUCAGGAAUCCGCUGGGAAUCCAUAG